AUGUAUGACGCGAACGCCGAGGGCAUCGGCUGCACCCGAGAGCAGCAGAUGCUGUUGAAGCUCAAAAACUUCCUCGGGUGGACGCCGGCAGUGAAGCUUGACGCCUCCGUUGACGCCUUCCUCCUCCGAUGUUUGUCUGCGGUCCAAUUUUCCGUUUCGGAGGCUGUGGCUCUGCUGAAGCAACGGCGUUCCUACGAGGUGAGUCUACCCUCACUGCACAUCACUGCCACGGUGCUGGAUGUGUUGCGCAGUGGGGCGGUCUCUGUCAUUGGCCAUGACGUGUUGGGUAGGCCAGUGCUGUACGUCACGACCCACCACAUCUCUCAGUUUGUGCUUGAGGCCCAAGACUUGCAGCGCCUCGUUGCGGUGGUAAUGGAGUACAUGCUGUCGUACUGCGUCCAGACACCGCCGCCUCUACCAAGUGGAACUGGGGGCUGUGACACGUUGUCAGAAGAACACCAGCAGCAGAUUAUUCUUUUAGUGAAUGAGGAGGCUUCAUCGUGGCAUACCAGCCAGGCAGCACUCGCCAACAUGAACGCCAUCCGCAGCGUCGUCUGUAAAUACUAUCCACGAUUUGUAGGGCUGGUGCUUGUCUUUCAGGCCUCAUUGGAUGUGCGGCAUGGAAUCGAAGCAGCCUUCGGUGACACUUUGGAGGAGUCAAAACGUCUGGUGCAGGUGGUCACACGAGGAAAUAUUCAAAAGUAUAUUGACCGCUCUGUUCUGACACUAGAAUUAGGGGGCAGCAACACGUCGGUUGCGGCGCCUGAUACGUUUACUGACGCCGUUCUUUCCCACUGGUUCAACGUGAGAAGUUACUUGGCUGUGGAGGACACCAGGACAAGGCCACUGUGGCAGCUUCCACCGCCGUUUGUGAACAUUGCUGACUGGAGCCGUCUCCAACGACGCACAGUGACCACCACAGUACCCCUCGAGGCACUCAGCGCAAGAGGCAGUCAGUUUGAUUGCACAUCCUGCACUUCCCGCCUUUCAAACGCCUUUCGUGGGGCCUCCGAGGAGGACGACGGCUUUUGCUCCGCCAUCUCCGAAGGGGAAGAUCUGACCCAGAACAACGGUGGCUUGUGCCUUACUCCCAGGAGCGUGUCCUUUGAUUUUGAUGCAAUCAACAAUGCAUCUUCAGCCACGCUGCUGCGGGAAUUAAGGAAGGAGCGGGAGCUUAGAAUAGCGGCCGAGCAACAGUUAAAGAAGAUGCGUCUCGGCAUCACACUUGAUUUGACAACGGCAACGGAGGUCGAACGAACCCUCACAUGUAUACACACGGAGUUGAACGUUCUUGUAGGAAAUGUUGUUGUCCGCGCAAAAGAGGCGGCCGCAAACGGCUCUCCCCCUACCCUUUUGCAGCUCCUCGACUUGACACUCUCGGCGUUAGAACUGGCAGGUCAUAGGGCCCAGCGUGUUCCGGCGAUGAAGGUUGCAAUGCCUGUGAGCCAAGCCCCGCCGCCUAGCACAUCCUGUUGUUGCAUGAUGUAA